AUGGCCCAGGCCUCCUGCGGUAAGCCCGAGCGCAGCGGACCCCUGUGGGCGCGGGAGCCCGGCUCCCUUCAGAGCCCCUGCUGCGUCCCUUUCUCCGCCUCGGCGGAUCCGUGGGAGGCCAUCCUGGCGAGCAGCCGGGGGGACACCUGCGUGGUUCCGCAGGACUUGCUCGACCGGCUGCGGGCCACCUACGACGCGCAGGCGGCCGAGAUCGAGCGGCUGCGGGCCAGCCUCGGCGGCCCCGUCGCCGAGGUGGUCAACAGGCUCCAGGAGCUCGAGGCCGAGGUGGCCGAGACGGAGGCGCGGAACGUGCUCCUGGAGAACGAGACCGCGCUGCUGCAGCAGGAGGAGCAGGAGCUGCUGAGGGAGGUGGAGCAGCUUGAGAAGCUCAAGGAAAGCAAGAGCAGGAGCGCGGAGGAGGCGCGGCUGCAGGUGGAGGAGCUGGAGCGGUUCCUGCCGCCCAGCGCCCGGGAGCGAGACCACGAGCCUGGGGGAGGCGCCGCGCCCGGCGGGGCGCCUGCCCCCGGCUGGCGGCGCCGGCAGGGCGGCCGGCCCCCGGGUGUCUGA